AUGAUAAAUAACAUAAAAGUAAAUGGCUAAAGCUAUUGCCCUGAUAUAUACGAAUAUCACAGAAUACAAAGCGAAAAUAACAUGAGUCCAUAAAGCAUUCUUAUGAUACCAAAUACCAACAUUUUAAUAAUCAAAGUUACUGAUUAAACAUCUGUGAGAAGUUUAUUUUACUAUGUUGACAAAGAAACCCAAAAGGUCUUAAAUGCUGUAGAGUUGAAUUUUGCUAUUUAGUAGAUUAUGUAUAUUCCUAGCAUAAAUUCUAUAGUUGGAUUGAAUUCUAACUCGUUUUACUUAUUAGAUAUAUACUCUUUGAGAGUAAAUUAGUAGAUUUCUAUUGUUUAAUAAAUAUAAAUGGGAGAUGCCUUUAGUGAUAACUCAGUGGUUGUUUUGUAUUCUUUGCAAAAUGUAAUAAUCGCAUAUGAUUUACAAUUAUAAAAUGUUACAAAAACAUAUUAAAUAAAUCAAAGUAUAUCCUACCUCAAAUGCCUAACAUUUCCUAAUAAGAAACAUAUAGUUUUAAUUAAAUACGAUUAUAGUUGUUAACUAUGGGAUGCUGAUGAUGGCUUAAUUUAUAAUGUAGACCUUCCAUCCAUUUCUUAAAGCGAAUCAAACGUUGGCCAAAUUAUUACAAACCUGAUCAUUAGCUAAUAGGAUAGCUUAAUUUAUAACUAUUUAUUAGUUUGCUAUACUUCUUUUAACUUAAAUCUCUAUUAAAUACCUAAAUCAGUUGAUCCUUCAAAGUUUUAAUUGGCUUUCAUAAAAUAAUUUUUUUCUCCAUACUUGAAUACUUUUAUGAUCAAUAACGAUUCUAACCUGUACCUCUUAACAAAAGAUUAUAUUUAAAUAUAUAAUUUUAAGUAGGAAAAUAAUCCAUAACAAAGCCUUUUACUAUAUUAUAGUGUAACAUAAAAAAUUCCAAGACUAUGUCUCUCUUUGAAUUAAUAGGAUAUUUAUGUUUCUAUUUUUUAGUAGACUAAUUCUUACUUUCUUGAAACAUCAAACUAGUCAGGAGGAUAUCAGACUUACUAUAAUUACUAAUCUGGGAUUUAUUAAGAUUAAACAAGCACUCAAGUUGUGAUAAACUCAAAUAAUACUUAAGUUGCUUAUAAGCUAGAAAAUGGGAAUAUAAUGAUAUUUAGUACAGAUACCCUAAAAUUUUCAUAUUUUAGUGUAUUGGGCAAUAUGAAUUGGUUUGGUUCUUAUUCUUAUACACUUAUACAAUAUCCUGAUCACUAUUUAUAUGUAUCUAUUAAUUCUUAUAGCUCACCUACUUCUGUAAUAGCAAUCAAUUUGAACACUUAAACAUAUCUAAGCUAUUUUGCACCAGAUGGUUCUGCUUUAUAAUUUAGUCAUAUAUACGAUCUAAAUGACCAAAAAGUAUAUUCUGCAUCAGCAAUAGGAAAAAUGUAUGUCUGGGACUUUAACACAACUUUCAUAUACCAAUACUAAAUAAGCAAAUGCAGCAUUCUAAAAAUGAUCAAAAUAAGUAUAUCUAAAAUGAUAGUUUUCUAAGAUUGUAAUAAUAUCAUUAGCCAAUUCUCUGAAACAGAUUAUUCUAUAAAAUAAAUUUUGUAAGUAGUUCCCUUUAUAACAGUCCUUAAGUAUAUUGAGUAAAUUAAUUUAAUUGUUGCUGGAGUUUAGCUAUAAGGAAACGUUUACAUCUUUAAAUUUAAUAAUUAAACAAAAUUCUAUGAGUAAUUUUUAAUGGUUAAGACUCAAUAUCAAUAAACAAUCUAAGAUAUUUCCUUAACUCCUGUUUAGAAAUAGCUGUUUAUUUAUGCUGAUUAUUCCAAUUUAUUUUUUGAUAUUUCUAAAUGCCUUUAAAAUGUUGAAAUGUGCUUAUCUUGUUCUUUUGAAUUCUAUUUUCUAAAUAGCUAAUCACCAUACACAUAAAACAACAGUUUUGGUUAAGGUACUAAAGACUACCCUUUUACUUCUUAUUAAAGCAUUGCAUACUCAUUUUUGGUGAAUCAAAGAUACCAAAGAUUUAUACAGAGUACUAAAAGCAUUAAGACUACAAUUUAUACAAAUUACAAAUACCCUUUGAAUUUGUUUGAAUAUUUUUUCAAUUUGCUCAUUUUAGAUAUCUUGCAAAUCUCAUUUAAUUCUUACUCUACAGAUGCAAACUAGUAACCUGCAACAAUAAUAUUAUUAGGAGAUUUUGUAUUCAGCAACUUUUCAUUUAUUUCGAUAGACAAUAUAAUUCUUUAAUUUAACACCACUGAAAUUCCUAAUUGCUCUCUCACAUUUAAUUCCAUUUUAAACCAAGUUCAAUUAACAAAUAUAAAAAUGCAGAGUAUUAAUUAGGAAAAAUAAGAUUGCAACAGGAUUUAGUUAAUAAAUUCUGACUUAAUUAUACAAAAUACAACUCUUGAUACAAACUCUUUUACUAGAAACAAGCAUUUUAUAACAUCAAAUGGAGCUAAAAAUGUAACGAUUUAGAAUUUAAAUAUAACUAAUUCAGACAUAGGCGAUUUAGUUUUAUUUACUCAAAUUACUCAUACUUACUUGUAAAUUAAUGGAUUGAAUAUUUUAAAUAAUUAUUGCUCGAUGAAAAGAAUUCUCAAAAAAUAAUAUACAACAUCUCUAUUUUAUGCUGGUGAAAUAAAUAUUACAAACGUAAACAUAGCUGGAAAUACUUUUUGUAAUGCUAAUUUGUUUUAAAUUGAAGCAUAAGAAGAGUACUAAAAUUUAAGUUUUUACAUGAGCUAAAUAGUUUUAGUAAAUAACUCCUUUACAACAAUAUCAUAAAAUUUAUUUUUUUCAUCUUUAUUUUCAAGUUUGCCUUCACCAGAUCAUUAAAUAAUAGCAACAAAUUUUACAGUUUAAAAUAAUAGCAUAGCUUAAAGCAAUCAAUAGUAUGAAGAUUAAUAUUUCUUUACAAAUCUAUUAACAACAAAUAAUAUUUUAAACAUUUCUAUUUAAAACAUAUAAUUUAUUGAUAAUCACUAUUUUUCCUUUAUAAAUUGUGAUUAAUCCUAUCAAUUCUAAGCUUCAGUUUUUAAUUGUUCUUAUUCAAACAGCUUUGCUAAUCAGUAUUAAAAUAAGCCUUCAUCAAGUUGUAUUUCUAUUUAAGAAACUCAAAACAUUACAAUAUCUAAUUUAACAAUAAAUUAAAAAAUUGCUUAUGAUUCAAAUUUGAUUGAUAUUUCAAAUUUAAAAACAAACCAAGCUAUUAUCAAUAUAACAAAUAGCACCUUUUAAAAUAUUUUGUUAAUUCAAUCAAAGGAAUACAAAUAAGCUAAUCCUAUUUUUAUAAUUGCUUCAUAUAAAAACACCUACUUAAUUUAAAAUUGCUAAUUCAAAAAUAAUAAGUUACUCGGAAUCCCUAAUUCUAUAGUAACCUCAAGCACAGCACUGUAAGUUUCAAAUACUGUAGGAGAUAUUAUUAUAAAUAAAAGUUAAUUUACUAGCUUAGUUUCAAACUCAGAUUCAAACGCUCUCUAUUUGGUAACACAAAACAUAUAAGUUAAUGAUUGCAUAUUUGAUACGAUGCUUUAUUUUUCUUAAUAAAAUAUACUUCCCAAUUAAAUAUUAGAUAAAAUUAGCCUAAAAGGAGGUUCUAUAUUUGCAAAAUCUAAAUAAAUAUAAAUUUUAUAAUCAACUUUCUUAGUUUCAUAAUCGCAUAUAGGAGGUUUUAUUUAUAUUUCUUCAUUUGCUGAUAAUUUAAUUGUUAACAUAACACAAUCAACUUUCAAAGAUUCGCUUACAAAAUUGAAUGGAGGAGCUUUAUUUUUUGACUUUUAUGGGACUAACUUGCUAUUAUCUAUUCAAGAUAGCUCUUUUGAAAAUAUAUAUCAAUUAAAAACACAAUCAUCUUUAAUCUACAUUAAUUAAGACGAUAUUGGUAAACAAAAUAUGAUAAAUACAAAUAUUUGGUUAAUUAAUGUUAACUUUACAAACAUUUUUGGAUAAGAUAUUAGCUAUUUGUUGUCAGUUGGCUUCUCAUAAUUGGAAGUAAAUGGAUCUUAUUAUACAACAAAUUCCUCGUCAACCCCAAAUUCCUUGUUACUAGCGAAUACAUUACUUUAUUAAACUCCUUCAACAUAUUUAUAUGCUUAGUAUAGUAAAAUAGUUAUGGAUAGAUUAAUCAUAAAAGAUAUUAUUGAUAACCACUCAGAAUCAAACGAUCAUUAAAUGCUAAUUAAAUCUUAUUAAUCUGAUUUUAAAAUUCUUAAUUGCUAAAUCUAGUAAUUAAAAAUGAAUAUAGGUGGUGUUGCAUAUUUCGAUUAAAGCUCUGUAUUUAUCAAAAACCUUUCAUCUCAUAAUAUUUAAUUUUAAAAUUCACCUAAGAGCUUUAGGAUGCUGCAAUAACAUUCUACAAUUAAUUAGAAUAUAUCGUUUUUUAACUUUGUUGAAUCUGUUGUCUAAAUAGAAUCAUCUAAUUUUUCUUAUAUUUAAUGUUUACAAAACUGCUAUGGUGGGUUUGGACUUUUACAAUCUUCUUAACUUACUCUUUUUGAAUCUAAUUUUACAAAUAUAUAAUCAAAAGAAGGAGGAGUUAUACAAAUGAUAAACCCAACUUCUGAAACAAAAGUAAAAGGGUGUAUGUUCUUAGACAAUAUUUCAGGAUAAAAUGGAGGAGUUUUUUCUAUUUAGCAAAAUUAAAUGGGUGUUUAUAACUUUUCAAUUGUAGAAAAUAAGUUUUACAGAAACAAAGCUGAUAAGGGAAAAGGUGGAGCUAUAUAUUUUACUAGUUAAUAGACAACUUAAAACGAUUAACUAAUUUUAUAUAAUAACAUUAUAGUCAACAACACAGCAAAAAUAGGUGGUGGUAUUAAAUAUGAUGGAAUUAUACCUAUCCUUUUAAAUAAUUAAAUAUAAAAUAAUACAGCUUUUUUAUAUGGUUAAAAUGUUUUUUCUUAUCCAACAAAACUUAUUUUAGAAGAAAUAAGUGAUUUAACUAAUAAUUUAUCUAAUAUUUAAAAUUAAUCAAAUAAAAUUAUUAUCACAAAACACCGAAGUGGAGCUUUAUUACCUGAUAUGACAUUUAGUUUAAGAAAUGACCAAAUGGAUUUGAUGAAAUUUGAUAAUCCAGAUUAAAUACAAACCACUUAUCUAAAAUUACAAGUUGAUUUAGAAACAUAAAAUUUUUCAGAAUAUUACUUUAAAGGAGAGACUAAAGCUAUUUAUAAUAUCGCAAACAGUUUCUUCUCAUUUAAAAACAUAUAUUUAAUUGGCAAACCGUUAACUAAUGUCACAUUAUUGAUUACCAGUGAUUAAAUAAAGCUUGAAUCUAUAGAUUAAAAUAAUAAUUAUUCCUUUCAAGUAGAGGUCUAAAUUUAGGAUUGUUAAAUUGGUGAAAUUAAGUAAAAAUAUAAUGGAUACGAAGAAUGCACUAUAUGUGAUAAAGGUACUUAUUCCUUUGAUAAAGUGUCAUGCCAUAAAUGUCCUGAAGGAGCAGAAUGCUUAGGCGGAAGCUAAAUGAUAUUAGAUUAAGGGUUUUGGAGAAAAGAAAUCUAUGAUGAUAAUAUUAUUUCCUGUAGUAAUUUAUUAGCAAAUUGCAAUGGAGGACCAUAUGGAGAUAAAAUUUGUUUUGAAGGACACAUUGGACCACUUUGCGAAGAGUGUGAUGUAAAAUGA